CCAUGGCCAAGAGAAAGUCAAAGAAGCAACAAGAAGACACCUCAGUUCUGCUGGAGCCAUCAGCGCAGCAGUCUAAAAGAAAGAUAAAGUCAUAUGCUUCAUCAGCUCUGUUGUUGUUCAUCAUUACCUUCACAAUUGGGGCCUCUGUAAUGGGGUGGUUUUGUGUGCAACACCAGCAGACCCUUGACCAACUGUCAGAGUCUUUCACAACAAUGCAAAACAGGAUCACAAACUUCCAGCAGGUGAUGGAGAUGACGGACUCACAGCCGGAUACAGGUUUGGUUAUGGAGGAGAGGAUCUUUGCCCUGGAGGAGGCUCAGAAACAGGCUCAGCAGAAAGUUGAGGUUGCCCUGUCAACAUCAGAGAAGUUGAAACACAACGACUUCGACUCUCAGCUUUUGGCCCUCCACGCUGAGAUGAAUACCAGAUGGGAAGAGAUUAAGCAGGUCGCCCUGUCCGUCACAACUCUGCAGGCCAUGUUCAAUAACCAGAAUGAGGAGUUUGAGGCCAUGAAGGAGAGUGUUGUGGCGGGUUUGAGCUCCAGCUCAGCACUGGCUGCUAAGGUGGCUGGGCUGACCAGUGCUGUAGACAGUGCAUGCUCCAGAGCUGAUGAGCAAGUUGCAUUGGUGGAGGCUCUUAAUGCACAGUUGGAGGGACACGCUUCUGAGCUAAAUGAUCUGAAAGGGUCGCUGUAUCUUCAUAAUGUAGCACUUUAUACAAACACCCAGGAGAUGGUUGCAAUAAAGGAACUUGUUGCAGCGAAGCAGGCCAUGCGUGCCCAGGCUUUGGAAGAGAUGCUUAGUUCAGUUCAGAUGACUCUGGAUGAGCAGUUUUUCACUUCAAAGACCCUCCAUAGCAGCAUCAUGGCUCAGCUGCAAAGUUUUCACUCCAAGUUGGCAAACGGACCUUCCUGGUCAAUGAAACUUAACUCAAAUGCGGAGGGCCCUGCAGCAGAGGAGUUCAUCUCCACUACAGCACAGAAUGCCACAGAGGUACAGGAGAAGCUAGAAGAUGUUGAAGAAGAGGCUGAGCAGGAGGAUGCUGAAGAACAGGUGGAGGAGGAGGCGAUGGAGGAGAAACAGCCACUGCAACAGGAAGUGGAGGGAGACGUAACAGAAGAGGAAGAGGAAAUUACAGGACAGAGUGAGGAACAGGAAGAUGCUGGUGAGACAGCAGAAGAGGAGCUCGCAGCAGACUCUUUAGAGGGUCACGAGACUUCGGAAGAUGAAGUAUUGGAAGAUGUUGUGGAGAGGGAGACUGUGGAGGAAGAGUCAGUUGAAUUGAAUAGUGAGGUUGUGAUGGAUGAAGAUGGAGAGGAUGAGUAGUUGUAAAUGAAAUGUUCCAGUAGACUGGAAACCAGUAAAACACUGCAGCACCACCACUACUGUAUAGUUCACGUGACUGUGAUGUUAAAGUCUUAUCUAUAUAGAUGACAGGGAACCAUUUUUAUAUACAGCACACUUUCUUUAAAUAAUAGCUUUAAAUGAUUUCUACUAUUUGUUAUAUUCCACAGGGGUGGGGUUGACUGACAUAUAGAUUGUGUCAGUUGAGAUGUCCAUCACAAAAAAAUAUUAUUGUCUAUAUAGUCAGAUUCCAGCCAUAUAAGGCUUUUUAUGGUUUUUACUUACCUUCAACAUGCAGCAUGGUAUCAGAAAUUACAUUUUUUUAUACAUUUAAGUCUUGACAACAUGUAUGAUGAUUGCUAUUGUUAUUGCGAUAUGAAUCGAUAAGAGCAUGGAAAGGGUUGGGGGGGGUGAAAUAUAAAAAUAAGAAAAUGUGAAAUGGCCCAGGUUAGUGAGAGUAAACUGUCGAUGUAAAUGACAAUUUAUGAAAAAUAAUUUAAACAAUUUUGGCUCAAAAUUAGCUUAUGACAUUUUUAAAUUAUGUAGAAAAACUCAUUUUAAUAAAUUAAAUUAUUUAUUUGAGGUUAAAUUCAUUAUAAUUCAGCUAUAUACAAAUUACAAUAUUAACAGAGUAUAUAACGUCAAUUGUUUUUGCAAUAUGAAAGAGGAAAUGAAUGUGACUGGAUUCAUAGGUUGUAAUUUAACACGUGUACAUGAGUAGUGCCUUACACUGUGAAGUUAUUUAUGGUACAAGUGUACGUACUGUACAUGUGAGUACAUAUGAUUCCAUUGGUACAUGCUGUUCUCUUGUCAUGAAGCUCUUUUGUGAAAGGUUGAAGUACUCUUUUCUGCCAGCAGGUGGUGCCUGAUUGCCACCUUAAUAAUAAAGAACUAGA